GGUAUGUCGAUGCCAGAUGAAUUUAUGAUACAUGCAGCAGAAGGAAAGCUUUCCACUGGACCUGGGGGGACAUUAGUGAGUCCAGAUUGCCCGUUUGUGAUCAAGAGGCUGGCAGACCCACUGAAUAAGUCGUUCGAGCAAGUGCAGCGCUGGAUAAUGGAGAUAUUCCAGCUGAAUGAGGAGGCGCAUGAGAUCACUUUGCAGCACAUUCUGUAUGUUAGGAACAAUCUGCUGGCUCCUCCUUCCACUGUGCUGAUUGAUAUAAUUGGGAAUGAUUCCUGGAGGGCAUUUCUGAACGUGGCAUGGCGUCAUGUUGGAGCUUUCAUACUGUUCGUCACAUGGAGUGCCAAGAAAACUACCUAUGUUUCCAAGGCAAUUGAUGCCACGACGGUUGCUGAUGAAGAUCCUGCCGUAACAGAUGAAUCUGAUGAUGGAAACUGGCCAACUUGCAAGCAUGAUAAACCUUGCGCCAUUGAAACUUUAUGGGACAGUCAAGGCCAAGGGCAAAGGUUCUACCGCUGCCCUCUCUUUGGGGAUUUCAAAGAAGACUGUGGAUUCACCCAAUGGUUGGACAAGGAGCUCCCUGGGAAGGCGACUGAGCACAUGAACUACCUUAGCGACAGUGUCGAUUCCCUCCAGCAGCAGGUUGACAUUCUGAAGUGCGAGCUUGAGGAACUUUGUCGCGGUCACCAGAAAAGGUCACUUGGAGAAGCUGUUAUCAGUCUUGGAGACGAAAAGACACGCCCAAGCCAAAUUCGUAGAUUGGCCAAGGGAAAUUAGACCCCAACAUGCAGAGUGGUCGCUGGUCCAGGCUAGUCAUGCAGAGUGGUAUCAUGCUCACAAAAUGUGACCU